AUGAGCCUCAGGGUGGUAUAUGGUGACAAAUAAAUACUUUGAUGAUAAAUUUACUUUGAACUUUUACUUUUUGACCCAGAGGGUGAUCGACAUAUGCAAUGAGCUGCCAGAGGGUGUGAUCGAAACAGGGAAUAUCCCCACAGUCCCAGGAGCCGCUCUCUCUGAGACCCAUGGAUUCAUUACUCGGACAGCUGGUCUUUGGCAAACACAGCAGGAUAAUACCAUGGGUGACCCUGCCACUUGUCUUCCUGAUGACCAUCCCCCCUGCAUCUCCCACGUCCAGCCACGAAGAGGACGAGCCCCCUGUGCCCCCGAGAGACAGGGUGAUCCGCUGCCCAUCCAGAUGCAUCUGCACUAAUGAAGAGAUGGUGGACUGCAGUGGUGUGGAUCUCAGCCUUUUCCCAAGCAACCUGUCUGCUAACAUCCAGCUCUUGUCCCUGCAGAAUAACCAGCUGGAAAAGAUUCCGACAGAGGAACUGUCCAAGCUCACCAAACUGAGGACACUCAGCUUGCACAACAACAAGCUUCUCUCCAGAGGGUUACCAGACAAGGCUUUCAAGUUUCUGUGGGAACUGGAGCACCUCUACUUGUCCAAUAAUAAGCUGACAGUGACACCCAGGAGGCUACCCAACACUUUGCAAAUCGUCGACUUUGCUGCCAACAAUCUGAAGGAGGUAUCCGUGCUCACUUUCAGCCACAAGCCAUGGCUCAGGUCUAUCUAUCUCCACAACAAUAAGCUGACAAACUCAGGCUUGCCCAAGGACAUGUUCAACGGCUCCCAGAUGGUGACUACUUUAAUUCUAUCCAGCAACAAACUAAGACAAGUACCUGAGAACAUGCCACCUCUGCUUGUCCAGUUGCAUUUACAGAACAACAAAAUCACAAAGAUCCCCAAAGGGGCCUUCAGAAACUUGGAGCAACUUCGAGAACUCUACUUGCAACGCAACCGUCUGUCUAACGCAGGUAUUACUGCACAAACUUUCAGUAAAAUGAAGGGGCUGGAAUACCUGGACCUGUCCAGCAACAGCCUAGUGAAGAUCCCAGAAGGACUGCCACCCAACAUCGUCAUCCUGCAGUUGGGGAAAAACCGCAUCACCUCCAUUUCCGAGAGCAGUGUCAAUGGGAUCCGGAACCUGGAGUAUCUACUGCUUCAGAACAACCGUAUCACCAGCGCUGGGAUCCAUAGGGGCGCUUUCGCAAAGCUGAGGAAGUUGCACACUCUUCACCUGUUUAACAAUCCGCUGGGCAAGGUCCCGGAUGGUCUCCCUCGCCGAGUGAACUCUCUCAUGCUCCUCCACAAUGGCAUCCAGCAGAUCGGUCCCAAUGACCUUGUCACCACGUACCACCUGACCGAGUUGAACCUGAGUUACAACAAGCUCUACAGCAAGCGCAUUCACCGAAUGGCUUUUCGGAAGCUUCAUCGGUUGAAGAGGAUCGACCUGUCGGGCAACCACCUGACGCAGCUUCCCAGCGGGCUGCCGCCCGGCCUGGAAACGCUGAUCGCGCAGCACGGUCAGAUCAAUCGGCUCUCUGUCCCAGUUCUGCGCAACAUGAAAGCACUGCAGGAACUGCGCCUCAGUCACAAUGAGCUGACCGUCGGCAAGAUAGAACCAGGAACCUGGGGGCAGGUCCCCAACCUCAAGUUAUUGGAUCUGGGAUAUAACAAAUUGUCCUACGUGCCUCCAGACCUCCCCGAAUCCCUGGAGUACAUCUACCUGCAGAAUAACCACAUUUCAAUGAUCACCUCGGACUCCUUUGCCUCCACUUUAAAUAUUAAAAUCAUUGUUCUGAGGUCAAACCGGUUGACUGCUGCGGGUCUGGAGAGGAAAGCAUUCAUGGGACUGCAACAUCUGCAAGUUCUGGAUCUGACAGGAAACCUAGAGCACAUCAAUGUCCUUUUACACAGUGACUUGAAAGAACCGACUGAAGCAGACAGCACAGAGGCCAGGCAAAGAAAUACAAGCAGCCAGCUGAGCUGAAGCAUGCAGAGGUUGUCCAUAGCCAGAUAGAACAGUGAGUAACACAACCAUGAAACACCAACAUAAGAGCUCUUACCAUCAGAGUUCACCAACUGAUGAACUUAAACAGACCCAUCACCCAUAACCUCAACCUACUUUCUGCUGAUCAUAUCAACCUGACUUUAUAUUAAAUGUAUUUGACUUCUCUAAUAGUCAAUAAAUUGUAAGCAGUUAAACAUAAAACUGUUUAGCGACACCAGCAUAAUGAUAAACCUGAAAUGAAACAUAAAAUUCUUUAAAUACACAGCAGGUUGGGCAGCAGCUGUGGAGAGAGAAAAAGAAACAAGAAACUGAUGAGUUCUGAUGAAGUGUCCCUCAUCUGAAAUGUUAACUGCUUAUAUCACAAUAGAGGAUCCUAACCACCUGAAUGCUUUCAGCAGUUUUUGCUUUUAUUGAAAGAUAAUGUAAUUAAUGUAAGGAUGUAAUUAAUAACAUAAUGGAAGAGUCAGUAAUUAAUCUGUAAAUGAAUUACUUCUGCACUCAGUCCACACUGUCCUCUUUCUCCAAUUACUUGGUUAAAUACAAAGACUAUGGGAGAUGGAAACUGCUACGAUAAAGCCAGAUAAGUCUGACCAAAGCCUCCUCUAUAGCCAUGCCGAGGCCAAAUCCAGAUUGGAGGAGCAACACCUCAUAUUCCGUUUGGGUAGCCUUCAACCUGAUGGCAUGAACAUCUAUUUUUCUAACCUGGUAAUUUCUCCCCCUCCUCAUGGUCUCUUUUUUUUAUUCCCCAUUCUGGUUACCCUUUUCCUCAUCUGUCCAUCAGUUUCCUCUGGCUCCCCUCAUUCUUUCCAUUCUUCCAUGGUCCAUUGUCCUCUCCUAUCAGAUUCCUUUUUCAACCCUUUACCUCUUCACCUAUCACCUCCCAGCUUCUUACUUUGCCACCUAUUCCCCCCCCCCCCAUCCACUCACCUACCACCUUCACCUUAUUCUGGCUUCUUUCCCCAUUCUUUGUAGUCCUGAAUAAGGUCUUAGCCCAAAAUGUUGAUUGUUUAUUCCUCUUCAUAGAUGCUGUCUGACUUGCUGAGUUGCUCCAGCAUUUUGUGUAUGUUUUGCUCGAUUGAAACAUCUAAUACUCAUGGAGAACUCUCAAUUCUUCAAAUUAAAUAUUCCCUUAAAUCAAUAAGACAAGCAAAAGUCUUAGCCGAUAAAGGGACCAUCCACAAUAUAGUGCUGAUUCAUUAAGGCCUUGCAUGCUGAUUUCAGUCAAGAUCUGUUUUCAGUUCUAAGCUUACCAUCUGAGCCAUUCAUUGGUAUUUUGGUAUCCUUGAGUUGCUGAACUUUACAACUUAUCUCCAGGAGCAGUGAUUCUUAACACAGUCGGUUCAAACUGUUUGAUCCAUUUCUCAAUCAAGGCAUUUGUAUCACACCUUUUGUGUAUGCACAAUGUUAAAUAAAGUGCAAAGGAAAUUAUUGUUUAAUGAAUACCAGCAUCUAAAAAACCCUUAAAUAGGCACAUUAAUCGAUAGAACACUGAGGGGUAUGUAGGAGGGAAAGGUUAGAUUGAGUUUAAGAGCAGGUCAAAAAGUCAGGCCAAAGGGCCUAUACUAUACUGUAAAGUUCUGUGUUCCAUGAAAUGUGCCAACCUACUGAACACAGGAAGAUCUCGCAAAUGUUUUUCACCUUUGCCUGUUAUUCUAAAAUAGGGUAACAAUGUAGACACCAAAUUAGUCCUCUUGGUAGAAGUUGUUAAUGAAAAAAAAAUUGCAGGUGAUGAAGAACAACUGUUUACUAAAUAUUCAUUUGUCUUUAUUGUCAAGAAUCAUCUCCACUUUAUACAUUACUUUUCAAAUUGUAAAACAUUCAGUACAGAGUUAGCAGGCACUUCACUGAAUUCUGAACACCAGCAAUGCAGCCCCCCACCCCCACAGCAGCAAUGCCUCAGUCAGAGAUGAAAAUGACAGCUUCUGAGUGGAUAAGUGCAUGGAGGCUCACAGGGAAUAGUGACGUGAACUCUUUCUAAUGAGUUAAACCACCAGGACCAGCCUCAGCAUUCCCAUAAUUCUGAUUGCUUAGGAUAGUUUUCAAUACAAAUAAAUUAAUGUCCAUAAACAAAAACAAGAAUGAUGUGCAAGAAACACCAUCUUAGUCAGCUGGUAACUCAGCAGGCUUGAUGCACCCAAAGCCCACACCCAAAUCUUUGGGUCUUCCUCAAAUGGAUUUUAGUGUACCUUGUUUAAACCAGAAAAUGUAAAUGAGAGCUGUCGACUGCAACUAGUCCAAGAUGGAAAGCAGGAAGGACAGGUCAUUCUCCAACCUUUUACCAGUUAUCAGCCGAAGAUGUCACAUGACCCGCAGAGGAACAGGAAGAUGCUCUGCAGAGGAACGGUAAAAUGUCCUGUGGAGGAAUGGGAAGAUUUUCAUUGAAGGAACGGGAAGAUGUCCCGCUGAGGAUUGGUAAGAUUUCCAUUGGAAGAAUGGGAAGAUGUCCUCUCUCCUACUAAGCAACACUCCCAUACCACAGACUUCAAGGGGAGAGAGAACUGGCUGGUCAGGAUGACACUUAUAAAUGGUACCAGUGCUUAAUGCUGAGGAUUAAUUAACAAACUGCAUUUACUAUUUGAAUAGCUGAUCCCUCCUAAUAUUAGUGAACUACCCUCCAGGGUUCACGUUAGCGCAGGUACUUCCUGUGACAAGGAGGAGCAGCCUCCUGAAUAGCUGCAGAAAUGCCUACCCUGGGUCACCCUUCUGCACUCUGAGCUCCACUUAUGCAGAGUACAAUCAGUGCAGGGAGAUUGUCACAAUUUAAUAAAACAAAACUAAGGCACAAUAUCAUUACUGACAGGUUAGGAAACAUUGAAAGGUGGAUGAGUUUUGCUCCAUCAAAUCAUUGAUCAUCCACCCAUCAGUUCUGGUAAAUGAAUUCUGCUCUGAAACGUUUAUGCUUAUAAAGGGGUUUCCUCCCUUACUAAUCUCUGAACUAAGACAGCAACUAUUCAACCCCACUAUUCUCCUUUGCCAGGCCACACACACUACUGACCCCCACCUCCUGUUGUGAGGCCCCACAACUUCUGACCUCACAUACUGCUGAUAGGCCCUGCCAUCUAAAACCUUCACCUCCUACUGACAGGACACACCCACUUCUGACUCCACCUCCUGUUGACAUGCCCACCCUCUAAAUGUCUAAUCUCCGGUUUACAAGGCCCACCCACUUUAGACCCCGUCUCUUGCAGAAGGGCCUGUCCGACUAACCCACUUCCUAUAAUAGACACCUUCCUCAAAAAGCCCCACCUCCUGUAAACAAGCCACAGCCUCUUGCAGACAGGAGGAGCUUCAAGUUCCAAUCUAUGGAGCUGUCUGUAAUGUUAAGUUCACAUUUAAGCACAAAGUCACAGUGUUUUCUCUAUGCUGUACCCUGAGUUGCCCUCUCACUAUAUAGCAGCUGUUUGAAAAACAAGAAGUACAAUAUAUAGCAUGGCUAAGGAGAAACCCAGUCAAGGGGUGAAGGAGAGAAAAAAUAAAGCAAAAUUAAAUUCAGAUGCUGGAAAUCUGAAAUUUUAAAAGACAUAAAAACACUCAGUAGGCCAGGCAGCAUCUGUGGAAUGAGAAAUAGAUAGAUGUUUCAGCUCCUCUCCCUGUAGAGGAUCUUUCACCCAAGAUGUUAGUGCUGUUUCUCUUUCUACUGAUGCCACCUGACCUGCUGAGUGACCUAGCCUUCUCUAUUAGAGGAAUAAGUAGGUUAAGUUCAUAGAAACUGUGUUGAUGAGGAAGGAUUGCCCAAUGCAGAUUCAAUAACAAAUUUCAAAAGUAAAUAGGAUAAAUAAUCAAAGAGAGAAGAUCUUCAUGGUCAUAGAUCAGGGAAAUGAUUCUGAGUCAAUGCUUUUUCAAGGAGCCAACACAGACACAGAGAACAAAAUGGUCUUCAGCUGUGCAGUCGAACUCUCUGCUGACAGAUGCUCUGCAUACUCAGUAAUCAGAUUCUACUUCAGAUCCUCUUUCGGCCCCUUUGCCUUCAAAAGGGAUAGAUGUGCAUGGUUCCAUUUUGCUCAGGGAUCAAUAGGCCUUGGAAACAUCAGAACAUCACCUUAAAACCUCAAGGCAGUUCAGGGGCGUUACCUGUCAUGGCAGAAAGUAUGCUCAGUAACCUGACUCAUGUCUAUCAUAGCAUCCUUACACCCAAGGAGAGGUAACACCAAGACCGACUCUGCCGCAGUGCAGAUGUAGUUUCAUCCUAUGAUCUUAAUCCAAAAUUCUCAUAGAGCCUUAAAUUUCAGUUAAUAUUUACAUAAUGUUAAAAUGUUUGUUUAUAAGCAUACAUAGAUACUUUGCAUUCUUGGGCACUCAUUGGAAAUAACGUUCUAUCCAUCAGUACGUACACAACGCUGGAAGAACUCAGCAGGUCAGGCAGCAUCCGUGAGAAAAGAGUAGCCAACGUUUCGGGCCGAGACCCUUCAUCAGUAAGAGUCUUGGCCCGAAACGUUGGCUACUCUUUUCUCACGGAUGCUGCCUGACCUGCUGAGUUCUUCCAGCGUUGUGUACGUAUUCUUUGAUUCACAGCAUCUGCAGUUGUAUUUUUUUGUUCUAUCCAUCAGUACUCGCUGUAAUGCCAAAUUAUUGCUUUAAAUAAAUAUACAUUUUAUA